AUGCCCGAAUUUCGAGCAGUUGAAACACUUGCGGGUCUCAACACCUUCCUUCCUUUUAUCGGCGUAUCCUAUCUGGCGUUCUACAGUGUUGGGCGGUCUGAACCGAUCACUUUCCCGAUGGCUAUUGUAUGCCUGCGCCCUUUUUCCACUCUGUACCUGUCACCACGCCCUUUCGCCCCGUCCCGUACACUAUUCUCGCUUGCUCUAUCGUUAUAG